UAUUGGCAGUUUUGGCAUUUUACAAAGGCUAUCGCUAAUUCCAAUUUGGUUAAUAGUCUCUCCAUAUCUCUCUCGUGACCAUAUAGUAACAUCGUUUUCUCUUUCCAGUACUGUACGAAUCCUCAAGAUAGAAGGCUAUGUUCUCUUGGCCUAGCCAUAAUAGCCAUAUCCAUAUCUUAUCAAAGAAACUGAGAGAAAAGAGAGAGUUCAUCAAAAGAGAAUAAUAACAACAACAAUGACGAUAACUUUGAUGGGUUUUCUCCAUUUGCUACUUCUUGCUGCUGCUACUUCUUCUUUGCAACAAUAUUGCAUGGGGAUGGGGGUCCCUGUCCAACUCAACGACGAUGUUUUAGGCCUUAUUGUCUUCAAGUCAGACCUUCAUGACCCUUCUUCGUAUCUCGAUUCAUGGAACGAAGACGAUGAUUCCCCUUGCUCUUGGGAAUACAUUCAGUGCAACCCUGUCACCAGUCGUGUUUCCGAGGUUUCACUUGAUGGCCUAGGCUUAUCUGGCAAAAUUGGAAGAGGGCUCGAGAAGUUACAACACUUGAAGGUACUCUCACUCUCACGUAACAAUUUUUCUGGUACUAUUAGUCCCCAACUUACUCUCACUUCUGGCCUUGAAAGACUUAAUCUUAGUCACAAUAGUCUUUCAGGCAACAUUCCCAGUUCACUUGUGAAUAUGAGUUCUAUUCGAUUUCUUGAUCUUUCUAAGAACUCAUUCACUGGACCUGUCCCUGAUAAUCUGUUUCAAAACUGCGUUUCUAUGCGCUACCUGUCUUUAGCAGAGAAUAUGCUUGAGGGGUCACUUCCAAGUACACUCUCUAGUUGCUCCUUUUUGAAUUACCUUAAUCUCUCCAAAAACAGUUUCACUGGGAACCUAGAUUUUGCUUCCUGGUUUGGGUCAUUGAAAAGGCUUCGGAUUUUGGAUGUUUCCAACAAUGCACUAUCUGGGUCUGUACCAGCAGGAAUCUCAGCCAUCCAUAACUUAAAGGAGCUUCUUUUAGAGGGUAAUCACUUCUCAGGACCACUACCCUUUGAUAUAGGACUAUGUCUUCACUUGAAUAGGUUGGAUUUAGGUGAUAAUCAAUUCACAGAACCACUGCCAGAUUCACUGCAAAGGCUGAACUCUUUGACCUUUUUCAGGGCUUCAAAUAACAUGUUCACAGGUUCUUUCCCUCAGUGGAUAUCUAACAUGAGCAGUCUGCAAUAUAUAGACUUUUCCAACAAUGGUCUCACUGGGAGCCUCCCAUCUUCAAUUGGUUACUUGAAAUCACUAAACUAUUUGAGUUUGUCUGAUAACAAGCUUAGUGGAAACAUUCCAAUGUUACUGGCUGAUUGUACUCACUUGUCUGUUAUCAACUUGAGGUCUAACAAUUUUCAUGGUAUGAUACCGGAGGGUCUGUUUGAUCUGGGAUUGGAGGAAGUAGACUUUUCACAAAACGCAUUAAUGGGCUCAAUCCCACAUGGUUCGAGUAGGCUCUUUGAAUCUCUACGGACAUUGGAUCUGUCCAGGAACAACCUUACAGGAAGUAUGCCUGCAGAAAUGGGUCUCUUCUCUAGCUUGACAUACUUGAAUAUAUCAUGGAACAAACUACAAUCCAUGGUGCCCCCAGAGCUCGGAUUCUUGCAGAACUUAACCAUCUUAGAUCUUCGUAACAACGCCUUAUUCGGUCCAAUCCCUGAGGAUAUAUGUGACUCAGGAAGUUUGGGAAUUCUUCAAUUGGAUGGCAAUACAUUGACGGGGCCCAUUCCUGAAGAUAUUGGGAAUUGUACAUCUCUCUACUUACUGAGCUUGUCACACAAUAAUUUGAGUGGUUCGAUUCCAGUGUCUGCUUCUGAGUUGAAAAGGCUGAAGAUUUUAAAUUUGGAGUUCAAUGAGCUGAGCGGAGAGAUACCCCAAGAGCUUGGAAGAUUGGAAAAUCUACUUGCUGUAAAUAUAUCUUACAACAGGCUCACAGGCAGGCUUCCUGUUGGGGGUAUAUUUCAAAGCCUGGAUGAAAGUUCCUUGCAGGGAAACUUGGGUAUCUGCUCACCCUUGUUGAAGGGACCAUGUAAGAUGAAUGUUCCAAAGCCUCUAGUCCUUGACCCCAAUGCCUACGGGAAUCAAAUGGGUGAUCAUAAUCAAAGAGACAGAUCUUCCAAGUCCACACAACUCGGUCACCACAAGUUCCUUAGUGUUUCUGCUAUUGUAGCAAUUUCAGCAGCAAUACUAAUCGCAAUUGGGGUGAUUGUUAUCACCUUACUAAAUGUGUCCGCCCGGCAAAGGCUCACAUUUGUGGACAAUGCCUUGGAAAGCAUGUGCUCAAGCUCUUCCCGCUCAGCAAGCCCACCUGUAGGGAAGCUCAUUAUGUUUGAUUCAGGGUCAUCCCCUGACUGGAUUAGCAAUCCAGAAUCUCUACUUAACAAGGCCUCUGAGAUUGGCAGUGGAGUCUUUGGAACAGUUUACAAGGCCUCAUUCGGAGCACAAGGAGGAAUAGUAGCAAUUAAAAAGCUUGCUACCUCAAAUAUAAUCCAAUAUCCCGAGGACUUUGAUCGAGAAGUUAAAAUCUUAGGAAAAGCAAAGCACCCGAAUCUGAUAGCACUGAUGGGAUACUACUGGACUCCUCAAACAAAGCUGCUGGUAACGGAGUAUGCACCCAAUGGCAGCUUACAAGCCAAACUACAUGAAAGGCUUCCUUCAACCCCAUCUAUUUCUUGGGCCAAUAGGUUCAAAAUCCUGCUUGGAACAGCAAAGGGACUUGCACAUUUGCAUCAUUCUUUCCGUCCACCCAUCAUUCACUACAACCUAAAACCAAGCAACAUCUUGCUUGAUGAGAAUUACAACCCAAAGAUAUCAGAUUUUGGACUGGCCCGGCUUCUAACAAAGCUUGAGAAGCACAUAAUAGGUAACAGAUUUCAGAGUGCACUUGGUUAUGUGGCACCAGAACUAGCAUGCCAGAGCUUAAGGGUUAAUGAAAAAUGUGAUGUUUAUGGCUUUGGAAUGAUGAUAUUUGAGCUUGUGACAGGUAGAAGACCUGUGGAAUAUGGAGAAGACAAUGUUGUGAUAUUGAGUGACCAUGUGAGGGUGUUGCUUGAGCAAGGGAAUGUGUUGGAGUGUGUUGAUCACAGCAUGAGUGAGUACCAGGAAGAUGAGGUCUUGCCAGUUCUCAAAUUGGCUCUGGUUUGCACCUCUCAGAUACCUUCUAGCAGGCCCUCAAUGACAGAAGUGGUGCAAAUACUGCAAGUCAUUAAGACCCCAGUUCCACAGAGAAUGGAGUUAUACUAAUAUCAUCAUCCAUUCAAUUUCAAGCAUUGUAACAUCUCUUUUCUUCUCUUAACUAGCUAGAACAACAAAAAGGUUUCCUCAUUGUUUUGAGUCUCUUAUUUUUCUUCUUUUUCAUUUGAUAAGAAUGCUUUACUAGUUAUUGGCAAUUUCCUGUACUUAUUGUAACCAUGUUCAAUGUCAAAAUUGAGUUAUCAAUCA